CCGGGCUUGGCGUGGCGCUUCUGGGCAAUCAGCAGCCCGCAGCAGAACAUCGUCACCGCGACAUUAUUAUUCAGAGCACCAAGCCGUUGUUCUAGAGACCAGCUAAAUAAGUGCAAUCCAGCCUCCUGCUGCUGCUGCUGCUGCUACUGCUGCUGCUGUCUAUCACACUGUGAUAGUUACCGGGUGUUAUAUUUUCCUCUCUCUUUACCUUCUCAUACAACAACUCGCAAUGAAUAUCGUAGAAUGGGCGUUUGGAAAGCGGAUGACCCCCGCAGAGCGUCUGCGAAAACAUCAACGGGCCCUGGAAAAGACGCAGCGCGAACUGGAUAGAGAACGUGUUAAGCUGGAAAACCAGGAAAAGAAGCUUGUGCAGGAUAUCAAGAAGAGCGCAAAGAAUGGGCAAAUAGGGGCCUGCAAGAUUCAGGCGAAAGAUCUGGUUAGGACGAGGCGGUAUAUCCAAAAGUUCUACUCAAUGCGAACACAGCUACAAGCCAUCUCCCUCCGGAUCCAGACCGUUAGGAGUAACGAGCAGAUGAUGCAAUCCAUGAGAGGCGCAACAAUGCUUUUGGGCAGCAUGAACAGACAAAUGAACCUCCCCGCGCUACAACGGAUAGCCAUGGAAUUCGAACGGGAGAAUGAAAUCAUGGACCAGCGGCAGGAGUUGAUGGACGAUGCCAUUGACGAGGCCACGGGAAUAGAGGAUGAGGAGGAAGGCGAGGAGAUUGUGAAAGAGGUCCUGGAUGAGAUUGGUGUUGAUCUCGGGCAAGCUAUGGGAGAGACGCCUUCGGAAUUGCAAAAGGCAUCUGUCCCCGAGGGACGAGUCGCGCAGGCAGUCGGUGGCGGUGCCGGUGCCGGUGCCGGUGCAAAUACAGACGACGACGAUUUACAGGCAAGAUUAGACAGUCUCCGUCGGUGAUCUAUCAUCUUGCUGUAUAUUCCCUUUUUCCCCUUUUUCCCUCCUUUUUCUUUUGUGUGGCAGGCAGCGGAGUUUGGCGUUUUGAUUUCCACGCUACGGACUGCUACAUAUACUUCCUAUUUCUAUUUCUAUUUCUAUUUAUACUUUCAUUUUUUCGUAGAUUUUUCUUGCUACGAAUAUGUAAUGGACAGUGAUACAAUCAAUCGCAUGGAGGUUGGUAUCUAGAGUUACCCGUUACACCCACUCACGGAGAUAUCUGUGCAUCGAAGCUAGUAACUUUGUUUUCUGGUAACAUCUCUCGUGGGUAGGUAGUGAAACAAUGGAGCUAUAUAACCCUUUGAUGAUAUACGUAGGGUGUUCGAUAACAAAUCCUAUCCAAGUGUAUACGCAGUUAAAAAGUAGAAGUUGUAACACUAAGUCUUGGCGG